CGUGCAGGUUUUUUAUUUUUAUUAUUAUUAUUUUAUCUUUUUUUGGGAGGGGAACGGGGGGGAGUAUGACAGGAAGAUGGGGAUAUGGCGAGGAGAGGGGGAUAUGGAGAGGAGGUGUUUGUGGACGAGGAGGACGAUGAGGAUAUCGAGGACGACGAGGAGUCGUCGAGAUGGGGGAGGAGAAGAGAUGGACGGAGGGAAAAGAGGAAGGGCAGGAGGAGGAGGACGAGUGGGAGGAGGAGGAGACAUGGACAGUGAGGAAGGGGAGGACACGGGGAAGGGAAGGAGACAAGGAGGCAUGGAAGACGAGGAAGUACGAGGAGGAGGAGGAGACAAGGAGGAUGAGGAAGGGCAGGAGGAGGAGGAGGAGGAGGAGGAGGAGGAGGAGGAGGAGACGAAAAGGAGAAGGGAGGAGGAUACAUGGAGGAUGAGGAAGGGGAGUAGGAGCAAGGUGAGGAAGUAGUCCUGUAAUUUUUUUUUUCAUCUCGCUUAUAAUUUUGGCGGGGGGGCUCAAACACACCGUUUCGACCCCGGCGUUUUUUUUUUCUGAGGGGGGUGACAGGUCGUUCCGCGCACAUGUCGUGCGCCGGACGGGAUCGGUUGGGCACGUGCGCCGCACGUAGGGAACCGCCCGCACGACGUGCACUUGCAAGUAUGGUUUAAAUCAACAUUACCUACCCCCCUCAUGGAGAACUCGCUGCUGUAUACAAGCUGCGCAAUGAAAGGCUUGGCCUACCCGAACGAAGGGGGCUCAUGAUUACGAGUGGUGGGAUUCACACGAUGAACAAUCAACAGAUGACAUUCACAUCCACUCUGAAAAUGAAAUCGAUGGAAAUCC